CCCCACCCAAACACCUUAUCUACCACCCACACACUAUUAAAUAAUACAUAUCAGCAAAAAUGAAGUAUUCUGCAAGUAUAUUUGUACUGGUAAUCCUUGUGUUUAGUUUUACUGAUUGUCAGUAUCAGCCUACAUGGGAUUCACUGGAUAAACGACCAUUACCAGACUGGUAUGAUGAAGCUAAGGUUGGUAUAUUCAUGCAUUGGGGAGUGUAUUCUGUGCCAAGCUUUGGGUCUGAGUGGUUCUGGUACAAAUGGAAGGGAACUAAGGAUUCUACAUACAUUGAAUUCAUGGAAAAGAACUAUCCACCUGGUUUCUCAUAUGCUGACUUUGCUCCAAUGUUCAAGGCUGAGUUCUAUGAUCCUACAAAAUGGGCAGCUCUCUUCCAGCAAUCAGGAGCAAAGUAA